UGCCCUCAUUUCCUGGUUAAUUUCCAUUUUACAGGGCCCCCAAAUUUCCCACGUUUUUUCAUGUUGCCUUCAUGUUUUCGGCUUAAAACAGAAAAGCAUUUGUUACUUACAUUUUUCCAUAUAACCUUUUUUUUUUUUUCUCGCUCCAAGCUUUCUUUGUUUUUGUUUCUGUUUUUUGUGAUUAUUUUCACAUGAGUUUUGGCAAUUUUAGGGUUUGGAAUAUGGUGGCCUAGGCUUCGGGCUCUAGGUUUCUGUUGAUUUAUCAGUGGCAUUUGGUGCUGAAUGUCCUCUCUUGAUUGAUAGGGCCAUAGUUUUGUAACCUCCAUUUUAAAGUUGAAGUGGACAUAAAAAAUGGGCAAUUGUAUUCCCAAGGGUUCUAGACAUGAAGAUGAACCUGGCGAAAAGAUUACUGCAAAUAUCGGGAAUGUGCAUGUGAUUACUGGUAGAGAAAGUUGGGAUGCAAAGAUAUCAGAGGCAUCCUCGAAUGACAAGAUUCUUGUAGCAAAUUUUAGUGCUUCUUGGUGUGGUCCUUGUAGAGUAAUCGCACCCUUUUAUGGGGAGCUUUCUGAGAGAUAUCCCAACUUGGUUUACCUGAUGAUAGACGUGGAUGAAAUGAGCGAACUGAGUUCGUCAUGGGACAUUCAAGCAACCCCAACAUUCAUCUUCUUCAAAGCUGGGAAACAAAUAGAAAAAUUGGUGGGUGCAAACAAACCUGAGCUUGAAAAGAAGAUAAUUGCUCUAGUGGACUCUGUACCCAAGUGUACUCUCUCAGAUGCUGCAUAAUAAUUUUGGUAUUUGAGAGGGAUGAUGCAUAAGGAAACUGGCAUUAGACAGGGAACAUGCUCUCAGCCAAACAUUUUGUAGAAGUGGUUGAUGUUGUUGGGUUGUUUUAGUCUUUGUGACUAAGAGACUUUAUUUUUGCGUAUGUAAUUAGGAGACUUUGGCAGUGAGCUUCAUGUGGAUCACAACUUUGUGCUUGCUUGCGUGCGAUAUAAAUUAUGCCUAUGAUGCACAGGCAGGGCAGCCACCGUCUGUUAAUAGAGAUUGCGGAGAUGAAGCAUUAUGUGGAAUGAACGGGCAUUUAUCUGGUGUACA